AUCAGUCCUCGUAGGAAAACAGCAAGGCUGGCCUAGCGCAGGGAUUGGCGGGUGUCUCAGGUCCCCUCGUUGCCCCGCCCUCUACCGUGAUCAGCCCAAGAACUACCUAUCCCGUGAGCCCUCGGGCCCGCGCCUGCGCGCGGCCGAGCCGGUUCUCCCUUGCCCCCCUGCCGGUGCCCUGAGAGGUAGGGAGAGGGCGGGGGGAAGGAAGAGGAGGCGGGAUCCGGGAGCUGCGCUGGCUGCGGCCUGGCACGAAGGGGGCGGCCCUGGCGGAGCUGAGACCCAGCGGCCCCCGGUGACUAUGGACCCGGCCGAGGCGGUGCUGCAGGAGAAGGCGCUCAAGUUUAUGUGCUCUAUGCCCAGGUCUCUGUGGCUGGGCUGCUCCAGCCUGGCGGACAGCAUGCCUUCGCUGCGAUGCCUGUAUAACCCAGGGACUGGCGCACUCACAGCUUUCCAGAGCCUCCCAAACACCGAGCUAGCUCUGGCAAUGUCUUUGUCAACUUCUUUAUCAAUGUGUAACAUCCCUGGAAAGUAUCCUGCCAAGAAUUCCUCAGAGAGAGAAGACUGUAAUAAUGACGAGCCCCCUAGGAAGAUAAUACCAGAGAAGAAUUCACUUAGACAGACCUACAAUAGCUGUGCCAGACUCUGCUUAAACCAAGAAACCGUAUGUCUAGCAAGUACUGCUAUGAAGACUGAAAAUUGUGUGGCCAAAACAAAACUUGCCAAUGGCACCUCCAGCAUGAUUGUGCCCAAGCAAAGGAAACUCUCUGCAAGUUAUGAGAAAGAGAAGGAGUUGUGCGUCAAAUAUUUUGAACAGUGGUCAGAAUCUGACCAGGUAGAAUUUGUGGAACAUCUUAUAUCUCAGAUGUGUCACUACCAGCAUGGACACAUAAACUCAUACCUCAAACCCAUGCUACAAAGAGAUUUCAUAACUGCCUUGCCAGCUCGAGGUUUAGAUCACAUUGCUGAGAACAUUUUAUCAUAUCUGGAUGCCAAAUCACUGUGUGCCGCUGAGCUUGUGUGCAAGGAAUGGUACCGAGUGACAUCAGAUGGAAUGUUAUGGAAGAAACUCAUUGAGAGAAUGGUCAGGACAGACUCUCUGUGGAGAGGCCUGGCAGAACGGAGAGGAUGGGGACAGUAUUUAUUCAAAAACAAACCUCCUGAUGGGGUUGCCCCUCCAAACUCUUUUUACAGAGCACUUUAUCCUAAAAUUAUACAGGACAUUGAGACAAUAGAAUCUAACUGGCGUUGUGGAAGACACAGUUUACAGAGAAUUCAUUGCCGGAGUGAAACUAGCAAAGGAGUUUACUGUUUACAAUAUGAUGAUCAGAAGAUAGUAAGUGGCCUUCGAGACAACACUAUCAAGAUCUGGGAUAAGAACACACUGGAGUGCAAACGCAUCCUCACAGGACACACAGGAUCAGUUUUGUGUCUCCAGUACGAUGAGAGGGUGAUCAUUACUGGGUCUUCUGAUUCCACCGUCAGAGUUUGGGAUGUAAAUACAGGCGAAAUGUUGAACACACUGAUUCACCAUUGUGAAGCAGUUCUUCAUUUGCGUUUCAAUAAUGGAAUGAUGGUGACAUGUUCCAAAGACCGUUCCAUUGCUGUAUGGGAUAUGGCCUCUCCCACUGACAUCACCCUGCGAAGGGUGCUGGUAGGACAUCGAGCUGCUGUUAAUGUUGUAGACUUUGAUGACAAGUACAUCGUCUCUGCAUCAGGAGACAGGACUAUAAAGGUAUGGAACACAAGUACUUGUGAAUUUGUUAGGACCUUAAAUGGCCACAAGCGAGGUAUUGCCUGUCUGCAAUACAGAGAUAGGCUAGUAGUGAGCGGCUCAUCUGACAAUACUAUCAGGUUGUGGGACAUAGAAUGUGGAGCAUGUUUACGAGUGCUAGAGGGCCACGAGGAACUGGUGCGCUGUAUUCGAUUUGACAACAAGAGGAUAGUCAGUGGGGCCUAUGAUGGGAAAAUUAAAGUAUGGGAUCUUGUAGCUGCUCUGGACCCCCGUGCUCCUGCAGGAACUCUGUGUCUGCGAACCCUUGUGGAGCAUUCAGGAAGAGUUUUCCGACUCCAAUUUGAUGAAUUCCAGAUCGUCAGUAGUUCACAUGAUGACACAAUCCUCAUCUGGGAUUUCCUAAAUGACCCAGCUGCCCCAGUUGAACCACCUCGAUCCCCUUCUCGCACAUACACCUAUGUCUCCAGAUAAAAUAAUCAUACAUUGACCUCACACUUGCACAGGACUCAUUAAAGUUGCGGUAUUUAAUGUAUCUGCCAAUGCCAAGACAAGCAACAACAAAAUCAACUAUCCAGUUACCUAGGAUUAGCUGAGAAGUGGGGCUUUCAGACUCAUGUUUGAACAGAGUUGGCCUGCAGUCGACCCAGGAUGGUCUGCUCAGCACAGCUGACUGCUAAAGUGCUGCUAUCAGAAGAUGUCUUUUAUCUUUGGUGAAUGAGUGGAACUUUUAAAACUCACCCCUUCCCUGUUCCUUCCUCUUUUUCCCACUGCACCUGUUUUCCCCCUCUUUGGUUGCAGGCACAGAUGACCUAUAAAUAUAUUUAGUGUUUUGCCAGAAUCUCUGUUGCUUUGCUGUUAAGCAGAAGAAUCAGUUCUGAGGGACAGGAGGAGGAUGCUUUGAGCUAGAAAGCUCAGCACCUUCUGCAGACUUUUUAGCUUUGGGAGCAUCCAGUACCUGACUGAAAACCACCAUUAAUGAAGAAGCGGCGAAAGUUUUCGAAUGCCUUCUGGAGUUGUUCUGAGUGAAAGGGUGUGUGUAUGUGUGUGUGACAUUUUUGUGGUUUAUUACCACUGGCAUAUCUGGUACAUUGAUCCAGGAUCUCUCUUUCCUUCUUUCUCCCCUCCCUCUUCUCAGUUCUAUAACCACUUAGAAAGAAGAUAUAUGAAUAUCCUCAGCAUGCUUGAGGUAAAUCAACUAGAAGACACUACACUUAAAAGGGUUAAAAAAUUGUUUAGAUGAAGUGGCCAGGCCAAGAUUUUGCUUCAGGUUAUCCCAGUAGGUGAGUCUUUAGUGGAUACUGAGCUUGUAAAAGUGGUACAUAGGAACUAGCACCUCUCACCUCUUCCCCUUUAUCUCCCCCCCAAAAAAAAACAGGAAUAUGCCAGCCCCCUAUCCUUGUUUGCCUUUUUUUUUUCCUCCUGGACACAGCAGUCUUCCUGAUUCCAUGUAGAGCAUUGGAAGGAGGAACUGAUUACAUUUCCUCUCAUUAACAAUUAGAUGUGUAAUAAAAGCAAUUGUACUUCAUCUUAAAUCCCUCAGACUACAAAAAAAGAUCUGGAGUGACCAGGGCCAAUCCCUUGGGUGCAUUCAGCAUAACAGCUUACUUCUGCUCAUAUCAGGAUGCUGAGCAUUCAAGUGGUAACAGCUUUCCUGCAAUUGUGAACCAAAUAGUUGAAGAAAUAGUCAAAAAUGAAAAGAUGAUCAGGAUUGCUUUGGGGCCAGUAAAUACCAUCUCCCCCAGAUAAAAUCUAAUCACUUUAACUUUGUAUUGCAGAAUCUGCCUGCACUCUUUUUUAAACCAUGUAUUCACACAUAGGGUUAAGCUGCCAUCAAAGAAGCUGAAAUUUGGGAAACAAAUUUCAACUAAUUGAGAUGGAGAUUGUAUUAGCCAUUUUUCCUUCUUUUCUUUUUAUUUCCCUUCUUACCCCUAACUCACCCAAAUUUCUCAGGCAAUUAGUUGGUAAUGAAAGUGAAUGACCCUCAUUGGUGUCCAGAUUAAAUAGCUGCCUAGAAAGCAACUAUGUUGGAUCACAUACAUUGAUCAUGUUUCAUGUGACUCUCCACAGGCUUAGUGAGGACACUGGGGAUCACAGAAGUUUACUCUACAUGCUCCCAGACCCCAUAAUAUGGAAUGCGUGAACUUGCAUGAAUCAUCAAACUAGGCUCAGAACAAGUAGGCGAGCCAAGGCCCUACCAUCAUGUAUACCCCUUCUCAAGCUUCUCGCAGAAGCUUAGCAGGCAAAUCCUUCUAACAAAUCAAAACAGAUUCUCAGGCAGCAAUGAUAGCCUGAAAGUCAGGCAGAAUUAGAAGAGUAUACAGGUCUGUUUGAACUAGGUUUCUGUCUAGCCUAUCCUCAGGAGGCAUGUCCAAAUGUGGCCUGAACAGACUCUGAGGAUUGAGUAUUGAUAGAAAAUUGGAUACACGGGUACAUGCUUUUCCUUCCUCGAUAUAAUCAACGCACUUAACAUUUGUAAUCCACGUCAUAUAAAGAAAAAUAAUUCUCUAGCACAGUGACUAACCCUCCUACUCACAAAUGCUGCAAAGAUUGAUUUCCUAAUCAGUCAUUGUUAGGGUCCCUUGUUGGGGUAUCUGCUAUUUACUGCAAUUUUCACUUAAUUGAUCUUUACUCUUGAAUUUAGGAUUUUGCUGCAGGUGAAAGAGAGGUAUCAGCUCCAAAAUGCAUAUAUUUCAAAUACUGAAAUAAAGAAAUGUGGACUUGUAGCUAUUGCAAAGGUAGCAUAAAAUAGCCAUAACUCUACUAGCCUUCUGCUGUAUGCUGCUCUUUAAUCCAGGGGAGAUAAUGGGUCAUAAUUGGUACUAGAGACUUAACUCUAACCCCAGGUCCUUUUUGAAGGUAUGCUGUUUUCAAUACUUAUUUCAAAGCCUAUUUGUUGUACACCAUAAAGAAUCUUCUAGCUUUUAAUGAAAUUGAACAUGGAUUUGACAACUUCAGAGCUGUUAGCUCAGAGGAGGACAUCAACUCUCUGUUGAUGAUGGAAAAGGAAAUGAAGUUAAGUGGCCUGAAAAACUUGAAUCUCACAUUUCUGAGCUUUGGGGGUCAUUUACCAGUGCAUUGUAGAAGAAAUAAUCAGGUAAGUAGAAGUUCAUUUCCAGAGAAGGUAAACCCCACUUACCAUCUCUGCAUGAUUUCAACAGGAAUUGAUUUUCACUAAUCCCCAACUGGGCUAGAAUAAACAUAGGGUCUGACCUUUUUAAAAAGAAAAGAGAAAAAGAACAAAGAAAGUCUCUGAACCUGUUAAAAGGAAAGAUGGGAAAGUAGCUGAAAUAGACUGAAACACCUCCAUUACAGAUGUCUUCUCAAAAAUAUGUAGGACUCUAGUAUCUAACACUUAAUAAAAUUUCAAAUUUUAGAAAAUUCCUUCUGCUGAAGAUGGGGUGAGACUCACUGAACAAGAGAAGCAUGUGCGUAUUUGCACAUGUGCAGCACACCCAUUCUCUUAACACAGCCUGAACUGCCUGGACAAAGGUCUAUAAUAUGCCUUGCUGCAACAUGCAUAAUUCAAUGCUAAAAGAACUUUUUACUUACAAGUAUGCAAAUUAAAAAUGGAUUUGAAGGAAUUGUGAAAGGGAAACCUAUUAUGCAGCUUUCCCUUGGCAAAAUUCUUUUACCUAAAUCCUAACAUUCCAGGAGAUUCUAAACUGAAACAGUGGCAUGUAUUAAUGUCUACGGUUGUCAUAAAUGUAAAGGCCUUUAACAUUUUGCUGAAGAGAAUCUGUGACUACUCCAUGUUGGUCCCCUGCUUGUUUGAAAACAAAUUUCAUCUUUUGAUUUGGUAUAGCCAGAAGCUGAAGAUGAAGGAAAUAAAUUUCUCUCUCCCAUUUCUCGUUGGUCUGAACAUCUGUAGUUGGCAGUUACCUGAUAUAACACAUUUCUUAAAGGAGGGGAAAAAUUUUCAGGAGGGGAAGUUGGAAAGUGGGCAGAUUUUUUUUUCCUGAAACUAGAUUGGGUAUAUUAAAGGUUAACUCUUAGUGAAAUCGAUUUCAAUAAGGAAUGCUCCAUUGCCUCAAGUGAGAGUGAUCUACAUCCAAGUCAUGCGGCCUUGGGGAUGUGCUCUAUAGAUCUGAAUCUGUGGCAUCCACAAGUUGCUUACAAAUGGACAGGGGAAUCCUGGAGUUAUCUUUGCACACCUUUAUUUUAUUGCAUACCAUGUUUUACUCUUUUUUUUUUAAUAAAGUAUAGUUUUACCCCUUAACUUUCUCCUCACAUAUUUGAUCUUACGCACUCAGAUUAUGUAAAUAGACUUAUCAGGACUUGAAUUGUCAGAAAAUUACUUUACCUUUCCUUUUCCCUAUUCAAACAUGAGAUUUAUCUCCUUCCCCUUUAGACAAAGGAUGCCAUUGUUACAGAGAUGUCUAACUUUCAUCAUUGCAUUCACUCAUCAUAUUUGAAUCUAAUCUAUUCAUACCUCCCUUCCUGUAAGCCAGUUUCACUGUAAUUUGUACCAUAAGAUGUGAUGUUCUUAGGGAGCAUGAGCUCUGAGUGUUGCAUUCCUUCAUACCUUUGCUCAUUGCUCAUAACUAGAAUUUUGGGUGCUAAGGAGAGAAAGUGGUAAAUUCAUAUGUUUGGCUAUUGGAUUUCCAAGCGGAAUUCUGGAACUUCACUGUUGGAAGUUUAGCUCUCGUGACCUGAGACUUCCCAGAAAGAAAACAACUGAAAAUUGUUUUCUGACUAAUGUAGGUGGCGACUCAGCUACUUUGAAUAAUAGAGCUUUUCUCUCCGACUAUGAAUGUCACUGUACUAUUUUACUCCACUCCCCACCCUUGCACUGGGCAAUUCUUGGCACAAAAGGAACCUAUAGUUUGCUAAGGUAUGGGCUUGUGCAAUCACCUCAACUCUCUGUACUCAGAAAAAUACAACCACCUUUAAUGCUUUCCUAGAUUGGUGAAAAAGUGAGUCCAACCUAAGCUGUGGUUGAAAAAGGAUGUUCAGACAGACUGGAACUGUGAGGAUGGGGCUGGAAGUAGAGAGAUGUGAGGUUUCCUGGGAGAUUUUGGAUUUGUUCAGCUCUUUGUUCUCUAGAUUCAAGUAACAAGUGCUUUGACUUUUGUGAUUAUGUUAUGGUGAUGUGUAGUUAAUGUACUAAUAUGUUCAAGAGCUAGGAUCAUGGUAAUGAGUGUGUUUUUUUAACUGUUCAAAAGAAAAGUAACUUAAAUUACAAAUAUAAUAUUAAAUUGUGAA